ACAAAUAUAAAUAUUAAAAUUUGGGAAAAAGCUAAAACCCUUCUUCGACGUCCUCGUUUGGAGCACGCCAAAACAUCACAAAUUUGAAACUCCCUCGGAAUUUGGUGACAGAACCAGCAGAAACUAAAGAAAUGGGAGAAAAGAAGGAAGAAAAGGUGAUGGAGGGAGUUGCAUCAUUAGCCCUUUUGCCGACUGGCUCUAUUUCCGGCCAUUUUAUUCAGCUGCCCAACUCCAUCUGUUAUGGCCUCCAUGGAGCUGAACUGGAGUGUGUAAGAGAGUGCAGCCAUGGUGACGAUUACCGCUUGAUCAAGCUGACUGUAACAGAUUAUAACAGUAAGAGAGAAAGAAACGUGGUGGUGGAGUGCAGAGGGCAUGAUGCCGCCAAGAUAUGUACCACGGAUCAUGCUCACGGGUGGCAGAAGGAUGUUGUGGGCAUGCUCGAAGAGAAGCAUGGGAAACGCAAAAUUUCAGUCCGUUUUGAAUGUGAAACGUUGAAAUCUGAUGAAGCAGCCGAGGACCAUCUCAGAAAAUUCAUGCCCAAGUUAGUUGGGAUGGAUGCUGUUGUCAACAUCGGGCACAUGACCAUAGCAGGACUGGAUUUCGAAGCAGAUGCUGAAUACGAGCGUGGUGAGAACGAUGCUGCAUGUGCAGACACUGAGAACUGUGAUGGUUCGAUAAUUUAAGGUGUAAAUUUGGCAGUUGAAUCAUCUUCUCAAGAGAUAUUGAGUACUUUAGUUAUGGAUGGUGAGUUGGAUCGUAUUUUUGUUUCCCUCUCACUAACUCUAUGAGUUGAAGUUUAUGUCAAGUUUGUAUUAUGAAGAAAUUGAGAAAUAAAUUGGUGAUCUAUUUAGGCA